GGCCGGGUCCCCGGCGGGCCGGGCCGGGCCGGGCCGAAGGACGCGCCGACGGACGCGCCAUGGCCGACGCCGAGGUGUGCUCGUUCCUCACCAAGGUGCUGUGCGCGCACGGCGGCCGCCUGGCCGUGCAGCAGCUGCUCCGCGACGUGCGUCUGGCCGAGGCGCAGCUCGUGCAGGUGCUGGAGGCGGCGGGGCCCGAGCGCUUCGUGCUGCUGGACGCGGGCGAGCCGGACGGCGUCACCCGCUACGUGGUGGCCGCGACGCGCGUCCGCGUCUGCCGUCGGAAGACCUGCCAGCGGCCCUGCGGGCACCUGCACCUCUGCAAGCUCAACCUGCUGCACCGCUGCCGCUACUCGGAGCGGAAUUUAUGCAAAUAUUCUCACGAUAUUUUCUCAGAAGAUAACCUAAAUGUCCUGAGCGCACAUGGGCUGUCGGGACUUAACGAAGAGGAACUGACAGUGCUCCUCCUCCAGAAUGACCCCUUCUUUCUACCUGAGAUCUGCAAGAGCUACAAGGGAGAGAACCGCAAGCAGACAUGUAUGCAGCAGCCGCUGUGUGAACGGCUGCACAUCUGCGAGCACUUCACGCGGGGGGACUGCAGUUACCCCAACUGCCUGCGGUCCCAUAACCUGAUGGACAGGAAGGUGCUGGCCGUCAUGAGGGAGCACGGGCUGAGCCCAGACGUGGUGCAGAACUUUCAGGACAUUUGCAACAGCAAGCACAGCCACAGAAGGAAGUCGUCUGCCUGGAAAGGUGCUCCCGCCCACCGCAGAGCCGGGCCCCCCAAAGGCAGAGGCCAGAACCGAGAGCAGCCGCUCCAGACCCGCGAGUUCCUGUCCACGGCCUUGCUCUCUGAGCUGCAGGAGGCCCCCCCGGAGGAGGUGUCCGCUCUCACCUCCAAGUUCCAGCACCUGGGGAGCCCCGAGGGCCCGCCCCCUGCCUCCGUCUCCUCCAGAGUUGCCCGAGUGGGGGCCCCGGGCUUGGCAGAAGGGAGCCAGCGGCUGUUGGAGAACGGCAGCUCUGAGGAUUCCAGCGCCCGUGGCCUUUCUGGUGCAGACCCCUGGGGCCCGUGGCAGGACCCCUCAUCCUGGCGGAAAGUGCUGGCUCCCAGCGGAGAGAGCUCAUGUCCGCCUGCCUCCAGCCCUGUGCCUUCGGCGCCCCCUCUGAGCCCCAGAACCUUCCAGAAGAACGAGAACAGAACCCUCUCAGAAAUAGAGAUUUGGAUGGACGGACGGGCCCAGGACAAGCCUCUGUCCUUCCUGGGGGACGCCCCCCGGGCCACAGAUCUACCUUCCACCAGAUCUUCCCAGGACAGAGCCGCAGCCACCAGACAGAGAGAAAAAGCGUCUCCGAGGACCCCGGACCCCAGAGCCUCCCAGGAGAGCAGGGGCAGACUCCCCUCAGAAAUAGAGUUUUGGAUGGACGAAGUAGCCCAGGACAGGCCUCUGCCCAACGUGGCGGACGCCAGAUCCCCCCAGAAGAUGAAGGACGGGAGCGUCUCGGAAAAAGCAAUCUGGGAGAACGGAGGCGUCCUGGAUGAGCCUCUGUCCUUCCUCCCGGACACAAGGGCCCCGGGUCAACCUUCCGCAAGACCUUUGCAUGACCAGGUCGCAGCUGUGAAGACAGUCAGAUCCUGGGACCUGGACCACAGAAGCCCGGCUCCCACCCACCCCCGGGGCCCCGGCAUUACUGCCGAGCCUGCAGGUGUCCCAGCAGAGGACCAAAACCACGACAGCGAGAAGGACGCGAUCUGUCUCGGCCACCUGUCCCAGGGCUGUCCACUUCCUCAAAGCUGCCAGAAAGAGCAUUUCCCUCUGCCCUACCAGUGGCAGGUGUUUACCAAGGAUACCUGGGUGUUGCUGCAGUCCUCGGAGACCAUCGAGAAGUACUACUGUGACCCCCAGAGCUCCGUGGUUACCAUCGAGAGCCUCAGGAUCGAUUUUCUAGGAAUGACUUGUAAUUCUUUGCCCAUCCGCCGCCUCUCCACGUGUUCCUCGGUCAAGGCAAAGGGCUUGCCUUUCACCACCAAGUGGAUCUGGUACUGGAGGGACGAAGGAGGGGUGUGGAUCGAAUACGGAAAGGAGGACGGCCGGCACCAGCAGGCUGCGAGCGUCGACUCCUCCUACCUGGAGACCAUCUACUGCAGCUCCUCCAGGGCCGUCGUGGUGCCCUUUCAGGCGGGCAAACGGAACUACGAGCUGAAUUUCCGAGCCAUGAUUCAGACCAACAUCAUCUCCAAGACCCAGAAGAAAGUCCUCCGGAGACCGGCCUUCGUGUCUGCCUGGGACGUAACUCGGAUGAAACGCGAGCUAGAGUAA